AUGCCUGUGGACUACAGUGGAAAAUGGAUCAUGGAAACCAAUACUAAAUUUGAGGAGUAUUUGGAAUUGCUGGAUAUUGAUAUUACUUUUCGGAGAAUUGCUGCCUCCCUGGUUCUGACCAAAGUGAUUGUCCAAGAUGGAGACAAGUUUGACAUCAAGACACAGAGCAUCUUCUCUUGCUACCCGCUUGCCUUCACUGUAGGGGAGGAGUUUGAUGAGUGCACCAAGGGUCUCGACAACAGAAACCUCAAGACCCUAGUAACCUGGGAAGGGGACAAGCUUGUGUGUACCCAGAGAGGGGAGAAGAAUAACCGUGGCUGGAAGCACUGGAUCGAAGAAGACAAACUCUACCUGGAAUUGACGUGUGAAGAUGUGGUUUGUUUGCAGGUGUUCACAAGAGAACAAUAA